UUGAACGUCCUGGGCCUGGCAAUCCUUGGAGAAACACUUACAUUUCUUCUACACCCAAAUCGUAAUAUCUUUUUUUCAAUUCCACCUUUUCCUGGACUGAAGGCUUGAGUUUUUUUUUCUUGUUUCUUUUUUUGGCUUAUUCCCACCCAGGAGACGUACCAUCGCCACCAGCAGCAGCAGCAGCAGCAGCAGCAGCAGAGGAAUAUCUCCAAAUAUCCCAUCCCGGGCACGUCGGAUAAGCUGCAGCAGCGAAAACACGAGGCGAAUAUUGCGGUGGACGCGAACAGGAACAUGGUCCGUGGAAUUUCACACCUCUUAUCCUGGCUUGGAGGCAGUUUGGGCUUGUUAUGGGGGUGACCGGAAGGAGAGGGUGACAGAGGAACAGUGAUGCUACUGUUUACAUAACGAGAGACUCACACAUACACACGCACACAUGCUCAAAUCGCCAGUCCAGGACAUACACACUUGCUUAAACACUUCCACACAUACAUACACACACACACACAGACACGUAUUCAAGGGACUCGUUGACUGAGUCACCACACACUCAGAGGCACAGAAUCACUGACUCACACACAGGACCACACACACACUUACACAGACACACACAAAAGCAAAAAGGUUGUUUGCAAGAGUCCGGACUGUGUGUUGUGUGUGCUAUGGACCAAGCUGAGCAGCAGCUGUGUGUGGUUGUUGGAUACCUCUGAAGGGUCAACACAGCCUUAGUCCUUGCCCUCCCCGAGACCGUUGCCUCCUCUCUUCCCAUCCUGCAUUUCCCAGCUACCCCUAAACACACCAUCAUGUUCGAGCAGAGGACCAGGAAGACUCCCUCUCCCUCAUCUCCUCUCCCAUCCUUCUUCUCCCCGCUUAGAUUUCUAUCCCUUCUCCUUUCCCUCUGCCUCUCCCUUUCCCUCUAUCCGGCCUCCUCAUUGGCGCAGCAGACUGUGCCUGUCAUCUCCACGGCACAGGGCCGCAUCCGUGGCAUCCUGACCCCGCUACCCUCUGACCUCCUGGGGCCCGUCAUCCAGUACCUGGGAGUACCAUACGCAAGGCCUCCAACUGGGGACCGGCGCUUCCAGCCGCCCGAGCCUCCUUUGCCCUGGCCAGGAAUACGUAAUGUGACUCAGUUUGCUCCCGUGUGCCCGCAGUCGUUGGAUGAGAGAAGCAUGCUGGGAGAUAUGAUGCCGUCCUGGCUCACGGCUAACUUGGAUAUAGCGGCAACGUACCUUACUCACCAGAGUGAGGAUUGUCUCUACCUCAAUAUCUACGUGCCCACUGAGGAAGACAUCCAUGAAGAGGGGGGUCAGCGGCCGGUGAUGGUCUACGUCCACGGGGGCUCGUACACAGAAGGCACUGGCAACAUGAUGGAUGGCAGCGUGCUGGCAAGUUACGGCAACGUCAUUGUCAUAACCCUCAACUAUCGCCUAGGAGUACUGGGAUUUCUUAGUACAGGUGACCAGGCAGCAAAAGGGAACUACGGCUUGCUGGAUCAAAUCCAGGCUCUGCGCUGGGUGAAGGAGAACAUCGCAGCCUUCGGAGGAGACCCAGGUAGGGUCACUGUGUUUGGAUCCGGGGCCGGAGCCUCCUGUGUCAGCCUGCUCACCUUGUCUCACUACUCUGAGGACCUGUUCCACAGAGCCAUCAUCCAGAGCGGCAGCGCUUUAGCCAGUUGGGCUGUCAACUACCAGCCCAGCAAAUACGCCCGGCAGCUCGGUGAGAGGGUGGGCUGCGGCAUCGACGACAGCACCCAACUGGUCGCCUGCCUCCAGGGCCGGAGUUACCGCGAACUUGUGGAACAGAGCGUGACGCCAGCCAAAUAUCACACGGCUUUUGCCCCUGUGAUUGAUGGUGAUGUUAUACCUGAUGACCCCCAGAUUCUGAUGGAGCAGGGAGAGUUUCUGAACUAUGACGUGAUGCUGGGGGUUAAUCAGGGUGAGGGCGUGAAGUUUGUGGAGGGCAUUGUGGACUCAGAGGACGGUGUCACGGCUGAGGACUUUGACUUUGCAGUGUCAGACUUUGUGGAUAGUUUGUAUGGAUACCCAGAAGGCCGAGAUACGCUGAGAGAGAGCAUAAGGUUCAUGUACACGGACUGGGCUGACCGUGACAAUGCAGAAACCCGGCGGAAGACUCUGGUAGCCCUAUUCACAGACCACCAAUGGGUGGCGCCAGCGAUCGCCACAGCUGACCUCCACGCUCAGUAUGGAUCCCCCACCUACUUCUACUCCUUUUACCACCACUGCCAGAGUGACGCAACGCCGCCUUGGGCUGACUCUGCCCAUGGUGACGAGGUGCCCUACGUGUUUGGUGUGCCCAUGGUGGGACCCACUGAUCUGUUCAACUGUAACUUCUCUAAGAACGACGUGAUGCUGAGCGCUGUUGUCAUGACUUACUGGACCAACUUUGCCAAGACUGGUGACCCAAACCAGCCGGUUCCUCAAGAUACCAAGUUCAUCCACACUAAACCCAACCGUUUUGAAGAAGUGGCCUGGUCUAAGUACACCCCUAAAGAGCAGCUGUACCUCCACAUUGGCCUGAAGCCACGUGUCAGAGACCACUACCGUGCCACCAAAAUCUCCUUCUGGCUCCAGCUGGUCCCUCACUUGCAUCAUGUAAAUGAGCUCCUCCAAUCUGUGUCCUCCUUCACGCAUAGUCCCUCUCCACAGGAUGACACUCCUUAUUCUUACACUAAGCGUCUAGCCAAAGGUUGGCCACCUAGUAGUACACGUCACCCAGGUUCACAAGGAGGAACUCCACAGCCGCCAGAGGCUGCUUUAGGCCAAGGCGGAGGGGAAGACGGGGUCCGUGUCCCCAAUGAGGACUACUCAACUGAACUCUCAGUGACGAUUGCAGUGGGAGCGUCACUGUUGUUUCUCAACAUCCUUGCGUUUGCCGCUCUGCUGUACAAGAAAGACAAGAGGCGCCUUGAACAUCGUCGGCCACGUCCACUUCCUCCCCCGAGACGAGACAUCACACCUGCAGAUAUCGCCGCCCACCUGCAGGGGGAAGGACUGAUGUCAUUACAGGUGAAGCAGCUGGAGUGUGAUGCUGCUUCAGCAGACGAGAGGAACAACGCUCACCACCAUCACACUCUGGAUACGCUGGACGCCCUGGACGGCAUGGACACCCAGGACAUCUACAGCACACUGGACACCGUGCGCCUCACCUGCCCGCCUGAUUACACCCUCACCUUGCGCCGCUCGCCUGACGACGUCCCCCUCAUGACCUCUCUGACCCCAGGUUCACUGCCUGUGACUCCUGGGUCACACCCUGUUACCCCGGCGACACCGAUGACCCCCAUGACGCCUGGAUCAGUGGUGGGAUUGAGGAUGGGGCAUCCGCACCAAGGAUACACACACCAUAGCCCAUACAGUAAUACACACUUGCCACACACGCACAUCUCCGCGCACACACACUCCACCACACGUGUAUAACCGCAGCAAGAUACUUGCACACACAGGGACAUAAUUACAACACACACACAAACACAUUUUAACACACACACAAACACACACAUACACACACAAACACACACGUAAAACAAAAGACUUAAAUACCUCUACUAAUUACCCUGCAGGAUUGUUACAGAUGGAGUGACCGAAAGACAUUUUCAGUAACAGGAUGAAAAGACAGACAGCUGUGUGUCGCAUGUCGGGGAACUGAAGACAAACUGGAUCCCGGGAGAUGCAGUUCUAUGCAUCAUUCGCUCAUAACCUUGAACGAGAUGAGCCAAGACAUCCAUCAAAUGUCUCAAAACCUGCUUUGGAUAUUAAAUCUUCUGCUUUUUCUACACCUGACGAGGAAGAGGAGGAGCGCUGUGGCAAAAGGGUCAGUUAUGGAUCAGUUUACAUCUCCUACUGUACCUGUGCUGCACAGUGAAGCAGUGCUGGGACUGAGCAGAGCAGAUGCAGAUGCAGAACUGAGCUAAGAAGUACCACACACACACAGACUGCUGAUGUCAACUUGAACAACCUGUGAAAUGUGAAUGUAGCAUUUUUUUCCAUUAAAAGAUCAAAGGCCCUAUCUGCCAAGGAUCAAACUAAACUGAGGAGAAAAUAACAAAUUUCAGCGAGAGAUGGAUGUAAAGACAGACAGAGAGGAAGAGGGGAUUAAAAAACAACAACAUUAUCUGAAGGAAAGGUUCGUCAGAUGGUGGGAAAGAGAUUAAGAUUUUAUUGGGAGGGAUUUAACAGCUGUGAGAGCGAGAAAGACACGAGAUAGAGUGAUAUGGAAAACACAGGAAUGGAAAGUGUGCCAAGAGACAUAAAUUAGCUUCAGAAGAUGAAAGGGCCUCUGAAAUGUUGUCAGACUUACUGAAGAAUCACUCUAACCAGCUAUGUGUUGAACUCUUGUAAAUAGAAUGGAAAGAUACAGAUGAUAUAUUAUGAUUUAUAGCAUUUACCUGCUCUUGCAUUAAAACAUGACUUAUUUAACCACAUUAUUGCUUUCAUUUCAGAUAUUACUAUAUUAUUGUGUAGGUGUCCUGAAGCAAGGCUGGUUGUCUCUCUAUCUCGCCCACUGUAAUAUGUACACAGUACCUUUUAAUUAAAGGCUAACAUUUUUACAUUUCAAAAAUUAUUAAACUGUGUAAACAUCUCGAUACUUGUUUUGUAGUUGAAUUAUAAGACAUUUUCACACCAUUCUGUCUAUUUGUUUGACCUCAGCUUUUACUGUGUAGAUAAUGCAAGGUUGGUUUGAUGAUUGAGCACCAGCCAAAAACCAUAACCCUUAACCCUUUGAACCUAAUCCCUUCUCUUUCCCCUUCCCCCCCUUCCCCCCCUUCCCCCCCUUCCCAUUCCUCAUGAAUGGGAAGUGCUUUUACUCUGUAGCACUUUGAGUUUUGUUUACGCAAAUGCAAAGUGCGCCUAUAAAUACAAUUUAUUAUUAUUAAUAAACCCAACCUUAAUUAAUUUAUCUGCAGACAGACAGGUGGGGAUGAUUCAGGCUUUUCCUUUGACCGUUUUACACCUUACCAGGGGCCCCGGUAUUUCUAGAACAGCCCGUGCUUAAACUUCUUAUGCCUGACUGUAACCUUGUUUAACUAAGAAUUGUUCAAGCUUAAAAUCUCUCCACAGUGGCACCUACAGUCUGUAGAAAAACAUGGAUCUGUCACCCACAUUUUAAAGCCUGGAGUUUGGUUUACUACCUGCCAGCAUGUUGUCAAUUGUUGGGAGCCAGAUUUGAUUAAUUAGGUGGAUCCUGGGUGGAGCUGAGGAGGGAUGAUCAGCGCAGCGUUGUGUGAUAAUUUGACUUGACAUUGAAGGCAAACACGCCUCUAAACAUAACACUUUUUAAGCCUUAAUAUCCUCUUAAUGGAGCCAUAUUCUUUCAAAUUGCGACCAAGACAUGCUUUAGAAGAAGGGAAAUUAAUUAUUUAAAACCCCACCAACAUCUUGUGGAAAUAAUGAUGGAUUUUAUGUCAGAGAGAAGUUGGAGGUUUUCCUGCUGACUUCGCAGUGAAUGCUUCAUGGCGCUGGUGGUUACAGCCAUGUGUCAUCAUAAUAAGAUUCACUGCAUUCACAAAAUCAAUUUCAACCAAUUCAUAUUGACAAUUCAUGUGGCAGAGAUGCAGUACUGUCAUGACUGCUAUUAGACAAUUAUAAAUGGCAAAACCCACAUCCCAACCCAACCUAACCUAACCAGAGGCCCUAACCCUGAUUAUUGUAACUUUCCUGUUUUAUUUUCCUUUCCUCUUCCUUUCCUUCCCCUAACCCAUCCCAUCCCAUCCACCCUGUGCUGCCCCUCCUCCCAGCCUCACCUGUGCGACUACAUGCAGCUUUGUCACAGUGAGGCCUAUUUAACCUCCUCUCAUCCUAAGUAACUUCUUCAUGAGAGAUUUUAGUUAAUUGUCAACAGAAUAUAUGAAAAAUGAAAGCCGAACAAUAUGUGGAUGACAAGCAAAGAACGUUUACAAAAUGAUAUAAAAAUAACAUUUAAUGGAUGUUUGAUUGACUGAAUAUUUUUUUCAUAUGGGUUUAUUGACUCAGCGGAUGGCUGGAUUGUGUCAAGCAUAAAACAUUUCUGCUGCAUUUUUGAAAAAUAAAAAUAUCAGUAUUUUACAA